AUGACGUCGGCGGACGUAGUCGACCAACUUGUGCCCGAGGUUCCGGAGGGCUGGUUCCGGUGGCCAAUCCCGUUGAAUGACUGGAAUAAGAUUGGACAGAUCCAGGACUGCGCCAAGGGCACCAUCGCCUCCGUCCAGGUCCAAAUCUUCUACACCCUUGCCCUCGUCUUCAUCGGCAGAUUGGCGACGCAUCUACCCGCCUGCUUCCAAAAACACCUCCUCGACCCGUUACUCUUCUUCCUUGGCUACUUAUCCCUGGUUCAAUGGGUGGACAAUGCUUUUGUCCUUCGCACCGCCCUGAUCGGCGCCAUCCUGGCCGCCAUCGCCAUCAAGUACAACACGGCUCGCUGGUCUGGAUACACCGUGACGCUCGCCGCUCUGGGAUACAUCGUUGCCCUUGAGUACCGCCUGCCCGCUAAGGACUUUGCCAACACUCGCGGCUUCUUGAUGAUCCUCGCCAUGAAGGUGUCAUCUCUGGCUUUCGAUUUUGAGCGAUCGCUCGUUCGUCGUCGCACCGCCUCCAUCCCAACCAUGAUCUCGUACCUCAUCUCUCCGGCCACCAUCACCUUCGGACCGUUCGUCUCCUACGACGCGCACGUCAAGUCCCUGCUCCCCAAGCCAUGGAGGACCGAGCUCCAGUCCCUGAUCAACACCGUGUUUUCCCUCCUCCUCGCCGGCGGCACCCUCGUCUGGGGCUCAUGCAUCAUCGACCUCGUCUUCCCGAAGGCGUUGCGCAACUUCGGAACCGCCCAGUCGUUCCGUGCUUCUCACUACUUUGUCUGCUACCUGUCCCAGGCCCUCGCCCAGCUCUCCGGAAUCCAGACCCUCACCGUCGACCCUGUCGCCAUUGAGGUCCCAUGGCGCCUCGUUGAUGUCGUCGUGUCGUGGAACAUUCCCAUGCACAACUACCUCAAGAAAUACAUCUUCGCCGAGUCUCGCCGUUACGGAAAUGUCAUCUCGUUGGCCACCACCUAUAUCGUCUCCGCCCUCUUCCACGGCUUCAACUUCCAGCUCUCCGCUGUCCUGCUGUCCCUUGGAUUCUACUGCUAUGCUGAGCACGAGCUCCGUGAGAAGCUGACCCCGCGAUUCGGACUGAACCGCUACCGUGGACGAGCUGGACGCCGCAACUGGGUUGCCACCUUCAUCAACGUGUUGUUCUUGGCCGUCAACGUCUACCAUCUCAUCUACUUGGGAAUGGUCUUCGACGGAAGUGCCAGCGAGACCGGCUACUCCACCAAGCACACGAUCGGCGUCUGGAAGAAGCAGCACUACGCCUCGCACAUCAUUGCCUUCGUCACCCUCCUCCUCUCCAAACUCCCCGUCUUC